UACGAUACGAUACGAUAGAGUACGAACAUGGGUGGGUAAAGAGUCUCGGUCAACAUUUUUUCUCGUCGAUAUUGCGACGUAGCGUCAAUGACCGACAUAUUGGUCAACGACGGACGAAAUUCAAAAUCGUCAAGAAUUUCCAAGUGAUGAGCCGACGUCAGAAGACUGAUAUGGAUUUGUUGUUCUUCUCUUCUAUUGAUGAAGCCACGAAGAUAUGGCUCGAUACUCUGCAUCGAAUGUGGACGCUGUGGAAAAAAUGCGAUGGUGUCAGCAAAACAUUGACGGAUUACUUCGAGACGGCUCCAAAUCCAUAUCUUAGCACGUUAAGAAUUAUGGUCAACGUUUCGGAUUUUGAUCACAUGACAAACAACAAGUCACUUGCAUUUGCAGUGAUAGAAGAGUUUUUAAAUUGGAUAGAAGAAAGAAAAGAAGGAUACAAGGAAUUUCUUGUCCCUGAUUUGAAACUAGCAGCAUUUAAAUUAGUAAGACAGAAACAUAUGAAACAGAUGGUGUUAAUGGAGAAGAUAUCUGUUAUAUAUGAUUUUGUAGAACAUAAAGAUAUAUUCCUACAUACAAUAGAGGAUAUAAUACAAGAAAAAGAAUAUAAGGAAGCUGCACAAUAUAUAGCAAUGUUACAAUUGCAAAGUCAUUUUAUGGAUCCACAAAUAUUAUUACUACCUCUUAUACUACAAAAUAAAUUACAAAUAGUUGACAAAUUUUUAACAGGCUGUCCAGAGGUUCAAAAAUCCUUAACAACUUAUUUAGACAAUUUAAUAGCACCAGGAAAAAACAUACAGGUUAUAUUGGAACAAUUUGUUUAUACAAAUGAUAUACCAGAAGUUAAGAUAUCAUUGACACAAAUUCGGCCAAUAACCAAGCUUAUUGCACGUUUAAUAAAGCAAUAUAAUUUAUCACCCGAUGUAUGCCCUCAUUUAAAUACAAAACGAAACGAAGGAGCAUUGCAAUUCCUUAUACAUAAGCGCUAUGUGGAUAAUAGUUUAAAUAUUGCCAGUUGGAGAGAAAUGGUAAGAGAAGCAGUAGGAAACGAUGCCAAAUUACAAACAGAGUUACUAAGUAUGUUAAUUAACGCUAAUGAUGCACAAGAAGGAUUAUAUUGGGCAAAGGAAUACGAAAUACCUAAAGAUGAAUGGCCAUGGGCUAUUGUACAUAUAGAAGAACAAAAUGCACCAUUGGUAAAUGAGGGAGCUUCGACAAGUAGAGAUAAAACUUGGGAACCAAGUGAGGAUAAUGUAAAUUAUCAUAUUUUAAAAUUACCGAGAGAAAACAUCAAAUUAGUAGAUAAUGGACGAUUAUUCGAAGAAUUCCUUGAUAAUGGAUUGAGGGAUGUUAAUAUAGUUGGAAUUGAUUUAGAGUGGAAACCUAGUUUUGGAACUAAACAACCUGAACUAGCACUUAUGCAAGUAGCUACUGAGGAUAACGUCUACAUUCUGGAUGUAACUACUAUUGGCGAUAAAUUACUUGAACUCUGGAAUGAACUUGGUCUUGUAUUAUUCGGAAAUAAAGAUAUUAUCAAGAUUGGCUUUGGAAUAGCACAAGACAUGACUGUAAUACGUAAUAGUUUACCUGCUUUAUCGUCCAUUAAAACACAUGGCCAAGGAUAUCUUGAUUUGAUGCUUUUAUGGAGAAAAUUAGUAGAAGAAUACAAUUUUGUUUUCCCAUACAAGGGUGAUCCAAAUUUCACAAACAGAAGUUUAAGUAAACUUGUGGAAUUAUGUUUCGGACAAAGACUCGAUAAAUCUGAUCAGUUUUCAAAUUGGGAACUGAGACCAUUGAGGGAAAGUCAAAUAAUAUAUGCUGCACUAGACGCAUAUUGUUUGUUGGAAAUAUACAAUGUACUAGCAGAUUAUUCAGCAGAUAUGGCCAUACCGUUUGAAGAUAUUUGCGCUGAAAUACAGCAUAUUCCGCAUGCACAUACAAAGACUAAUACGAAUAAAACUGCAUAUAAGAAAUAUACAUAUUUAAAUCCACCAAUACCUAAUAGAGACAAUGAGGAUUAUCGCAUGAAUGUAGUAGGAACUUCACCAAAAUAUGGUAUAGCACACAAGUCUACAUUCAAAUAUGGGUAUAAUAAACAGAAUCAAAAUAGAUCUGUAUAUCGUGAAUCAACCAGUGACAACAGAUAUGAUAACCAGAGAAAAUAUGAUAAUCACGAUAAUCAUAAUCGUGACAGAAGUGCGCAUACUAGAAUAAUUCAAAUAGUUAAUGAUAGAAGACGCGAUGACCAAAGACGAUAUGAUAAUCAUAAUCAGAAUAAACAUGCAAAUGUCAGAAUGAAUCAAACAUCCAACGGAAGAUACGACAAUCAGAAAAGAUAUGAUAAUUACGAUAAUCAUAAUAAAUAUGAUCCCCAGAGUAGACGUGGUGGUAAUCAAGGUAGACGCGAUAAUUAUAAUAGAUAUGACAAACAAGAUAGAUGGGAAGAUAUUCAAGGUAGACGAAAUAUUCCAAAUAGACAAAAUAAUACGAAUAAACUCGAGCCCAUACAACAACGGAAUUGCGAUUCAAUUCCUGCACAUACAUGGCGCGUUGUAUGCGAUUCAAUGUUGGGUGGUUUAAGCAGCAAAUUGCGCAUGUGUGGUAUAGAUUGUAUACAUGUAUUAUUUGAUCAAGGAGGAGAUGAUUCCGCGAGAUUGGCAAUGCGUGAAAAUAGGAUUCUACUAACACGUAACAAGAAUUGUGAAAAAUUUAAGCAGUAUCUACCGCUGGAGAAUUAUUAUAGAAUAAUGGCCGACACAGCUGACAACCAGCUACGUGAAGUUUUAAAUUACUUCGGUAUUGUGGUAACACAGAAUGAUAUUUUCAGCCGAUGCCAAAUAUGUAAUUUCGAUGAAUUCGUGAAAGUUCCAAAGAAGCUAAUGGAUCAUCUUAUGCAAAGCUUCGUGAAAAUUAUAAGAAGAAACAAUUAUCGAGUAUUGCCUAAUCGAGCUGAUAAUACAUUAGAAACAGUUGCUGAUAAUUCCGAUUUGAACGAUGAUUUCGAUGAAAUUGUUCGAAAUCCAAAUAAUCAUUUUACAAAUAGCGAACAUCGUACAUGGCGUUUGUCCACAGAUACUCUUGAUAUUGACGCAUGUACGACCAGAUACAACAUGCGAAUACAAAUUGAUAAAGUCCCACUAAACGUACUGAAAAAUGUGCAGAUUUUUUACAUUUGCGAGCAUUGUGGAAAGGUUUAUUGGGACGGCUCGCACUUGGAGCGAGCUCUUAAUGGAGUUAUCAAAGAUUUAAUUGUUAAACAAUAAGUAUCGAUAUUAAAUGUGAUAGAGGUGCAGAGAAUGUAAGUUACUUUUCCGUUACUUUUACAGUUACUUUUUAUAAUAACAAUUUUUUAUAAUGAUGUUGCAAUUUUUUAUGACUGUAAUGAUGACUAACUAAGGCUGGGGUUACCCCAAGAAGUCAUUUUGAAAAGUAAAUUGCCAUUACGCGUUAUUGAAAAAAAGUAAUAAGUAACGAGUAAAGUUACUCAUUACAAGUUACAUUAAAAAAUAAAUGAGUCACAAAUUGCGAGUUAUUUUUUCACUAACGAAUGACUUUUCCCGCACAUAUAAAUAACUACUGACUGUUCCAACUCUCAUAUUAUAUUAACAUCAUAAAAAAUUCGCAACGUAUUACCAAAUCGUUAUUACAACAAGGUAACUAAGCAACUAAGUAAUGGCAGUUACAGUAAAUAGUUACUUUCAUUCCCUGUAGAGGUGCAUGCCUAAAGAACUGGGUACAUAUUAUACAAAUUAUUCGGAAAUGAUUCCGAUCGGAGUUAUUCAAUUAUUCCCUAGAUUUUUAUUGUGUUUUCUAAGAGAAACGAAAUAAUAUCGAUCGGAAUUCAUUCUGACUUGUUUCAUAAUAGGUGCCCUGGCAAAGCACAAAUAAAAAAUCAAAAUCGUCCUUAGUUCGAAACUUCGUAAACGCUGUUCCUUCAAUUUAUAAUGCCAAUGAUAAAUAUGCAA